AUGAUUUCGCGAGCGAUGGCCAGUACGAGUACUCCUCCUACGACGACUCACGAGGUUGAUGAGAGUGUUUGGCAAGGUGUCCGCAUUGUUGCAGGAGUUUGGCUAGCGAGUUGCUGCAUCGUGUUAUACGCGCGCAAGAGGCUCAGCCCUGUCGUCGCUGUGGUCUUGAAUACCAUCGCGACCCUGGUCUGGGCAGUGUUCUUCAUUCUAUCUCUGAUCGGCGCAGCACGAAGGAGAGCUGCUCUCGGCUUCAUCUGGGUCAUUGUCAUUCUCGCGACGUGCUUAGGCAAGCUCAUCUACACUUCUGUCAUUUUGCAUCGGUUCCGCAGAAGUCGGAGCGCUACGCGCGCGUGGUGCUUACACGCCGGCCACGCAGAGGCAGGGCUCGACACGAACAACCUGGCAGGCGCUCCGCCGAAUCCGUUCCGCGACCAGUCCCGCGACCCUUCUCCAGCUCCACCGCAGCAGUCCGGGUCCGGCGCAGCGGCCAACUAUGUACUACACGGCGCCUUCAUACAAAAUGCAGAAUCAAAGCAAUAA